UUCAUCGGCUGUGCCACGCCCCCUGCCGCUUACACCAUUUGCGCGCGUGCGCGGCGUGUCCUAUUUCUUACGCCCGAGAACUAAAUCGGCUGCGAUGGAGAACGCGGGGACAACUCCACAAGGAACAGCGGGGCGUAAGAGGAUCCCCAACCGGGAGAGGCCCACGGCCGAGGAUGAGGCUCUCAACAUGAUCGCUCGCGAGGGUGAAGCAAGACUUGCAGCAAAGCGUGCAGCACGAGCUGAAGCACGGGAAAUUAGGAUGAAAGAACUUGAGAAGCAACAAAAGGAGCCUAUAGAAUACAUUUACUAUCUUGGCUCAGGAUCUCGAGCAUCUUCUAGAACUAGUUCUGCUCAUGCAAGUCCCAUGGCUGAAGAAAGGUCUGAAAAAGACCUUGAGAAGGGAAUCCAAACUACAUCAAGCUUGUCAGCAGCUACUCUAGCCUCCCUAAGUGGAACCUUUUCUCGCCGAGGCAGUGGGGAUACUUCUAUCUCAAUUGAUACGGAAGGAUCUAUUAGAGAAAUUAAGGAUAUCAUUGAGUUAAAGGAUGAAAUUGGGAAUGUAGAAGCAAAAUACAUGCAGAAGUUGAAACAAAUGAAGGACUCUUCAGCUGAAGUUGAAGAAAAAUAUAAGAAAGCUAUGGUUUCAAAUGCUCAAUUGGAUAAUGAGAAAACAAAUUUUAUGUACCAAGUAGAAACCCUACAGGAUACAUUAUUGGAACUAGAAGAGCAGCUUGCAGAAUCUAAGAGGCAAUUUGAAGAGAAAAGCAAAGAUUUUGAGAGGGAAAAACAUGCUCAUGCUAUACUGCAAUUCCAAUUCAUGGAACUCAAAGAGGCUCAGAAACAAAAAGAAGAACUGCUUGCUGAAAUCCAACAACUGCAACAAAAACAAGAGGGUUUUGUCAGGGAAAUAACUGAUCUUCAGGACACAAUAGAAUGGAAAGAAAAAAAGAUAGGGGCAUUAGAAAGGCAGAAAGUCUUAUUUGAUUCCCUAAGAAGUGAGCGAGAUGAUCUUAGAGAGGAGGUGAUUUUGCUGAAGGAACAAUUAAAGCAAUAUGGAAUAAUCACCAAUUUAGGAGUGGCUACCAAUGGAGAAAUCUCUGAUUGUGUUGCUAAGGAUGGACUAUCAAAUUCUUCCAAGGUUGUUUCAGAGACAAGUCAUGCCUUUAAAGUAUCUGAGGAUUAUAGAGAAGGCAGAGCAAAUGAAGUGGAGAUGGAAAAUGAGAUUUUGGAGAAUAUGGGGAAAAGAGAAAUCUUGCAGAACACUGAGCAUGAGGAAAACACAGAGGACACUAAGGAUCAGGAAAUCAUUCUCAAACGUUUGGAAAUAAAGACAUUGCCUGAUGAUGAAAAUGUAGAGACUAAGAAAGUCACUGAAGCCAAAAUUACAUCAACACUGAAAUUAAAUAGUGGACUUGAGGAUCCUGUAAAAAGUUACUCAGAAUAUAUCCCAGAAAUUGUUUAUUCUCUUCAAAAAAGAUAUUCAGGUGAAUUAAAACUUGAAGGGGCUUCACCAGGUCAUAUUUUAGAAGAGAAAGUAUCUGAUAGAAAUAUAAAUGUAACUCCUAAUCAAAAUAAUAUGGCAGAUCCAAGUAUUGAGAUCAAUCAGGAAAUACAUGCCAAUUUAGAAAUAGUUCCACAACAGCAAAAUAAAGAAAAACAAAUAGAUAUUGUAGUUGAUGAGUCAGAAGUGAAUAGUGAAGUAUUUUGGGAAGCUUUAGAUUUUAUAAAUAAUGGCCACAUGGCAAUUUCUACUUCACCAGAAUUGGUAGACGUUAUCCUUAUGAAAGCCUCUAGUAUUGAUCUUAAUAGUGAACAAUCAAAAAAUGGGGUUGUUGAGGGAGAUUUAAACAAAGAAUUUCUUAAAAAUGAACAAAAGCCUACCAUAAAUACUGUAACAAAAGGGCCAAAAAUAGAAAUGUGUGAAACAAAUGAAGAGAAGGAGGCACAAAGUAUGAUACUGCAGCAGGAGGACCAAGUAGUAGAUUCUGCAGAAGAACAAAAAAGAACAUUGUGUAUUACAAAAGUUACUUUGAAUGAAUUUGGAGAGGAACAAGAACAAGUUAAAAUUGAAGAAAUCCAGUCACCACCUUCAAAACAUGAUGCAAUUGUUGAGAAACAAAAUGAGCAAGAGUUAGGAACAAAUAAAGAAAAUGUUGAAGAUAUGAAGGCAUUAAAUGCUUAUUUAGAUUUUGAGGAAAAGAACAAUGAAUGUACUAUGAAAGAUAUUCUUGCAGAACAAGAUGUUGUAGAUUAUAUAAAUCAAAGCAAAUGCCAGACCCAUAAAGAAACAAAUGCAAACAUAGAGAAUGAUUCCAACUGUAAUAUAAAAUCAGCUUGCAUAGAUGGAGCUCUGGGUGAUAUUGAUAUGAUAAAUAAAGAAGUUGCUGGCAGUCAUAAAGAAGUUUUAUCUGCAGGAAAACAGAGUGUAGAUAAAGAAGACAAUACUAUUGAGUCUGCUGUAACUACAACUACAAUGAAAGAGGGUACUGAAGAAGCAUGCACUAGGAAUAAAGAGGGUAAAAAUUACAGACAGCUGCAUGAAGAAAUUCACAGUAUUGUGCCAGAUAUUGAGGAGGUUGUUUGUCUCGAAACACAGAAGACUGAAUUCAUUGAACAAAACAAGCCUGAGAGUAAAGAAAUAAUUGUAGAAGAAUAUCAUGAAGCCUUAGAUGUUUAUGCGGCUUCUUUUGGAGAAUUAAAAACUUCUGAAAAGAGAGAUGUUCAGACUAAUAAAGAUAAUGAAAAGGUCAAAGCCAGCUUAAUCUCAUCCGAUGAUGUUGGAUCUGAAGCUUUUGUGGAAGAAAGUGACACUAUUCAGCAGCUGAAAGAACAUAAAUUUGAAGAAGUCAAAUUUGUGCAGAUUGAUUUAUCUGUUUCUGAAACAACAGAGUCACAAUGUGGGCAGCUGGAAGAGGAAUGUAAAUUGUUGGAUGAAAUCAGCUCAGUACAAAUUGCUGAUCAUACACCAGAACAGUUGGAAAACCUGGAGAGUGCUAUGGAUGAAAGUCAAGACGAAACACAAAGGUAUAAGAAAGGUAAAGGUAAAUCUCGGGAAGACUGCAUUAUAUCAUAAACUCAGAAACUGGAUCAUUAUUCCACAUCAUUCACCUGGCAUCUGUUAAAGAACAAAAUUACAUCUUUAAUUUUUAAAAAGUCAAAAUUUGAAAGAAGUUCUACCAUUAAAUUAAUGUCAUACUCUAAAUAAUGCAAAGUAGUCAAUAAUGUAUGCAUGUGGAGGCUACCUUUUUUGUCAAGUUUAAUUAUAGUCUAAUUAAAGCUAUUACACUAAUUCCCAAUGAGCUGCUUUUUAAUAUUCCAUCAAAUAUAGUAUUUGUUCUCUAAGAAUUUUAAUGAAUGCUAGGAUUGGAAAAUUCUUGGGAAUGAUUAGGAUGCAUGCUUUUUGAUAAAAUGUCACUAGUCUGAUACAUUUAUAUUUGAUUUCAAGUUAUUAUAUAGAACUUUAGCUUCAAUACUGUUACACUUUCUGAACAAAAAGACAAGGUCAAGCUGAAUGAAUAACAAUGAAAUUAUGACAAUUUUUAGAGAAGUAGCAAUUUUUCGCUGUGUAUGUUUCACUCACUUCAAAUUAAUACCAUUUCAAAGAUGGCAAAGAUCUAUACAUAAAGCACUAUUACUUACAGUAAAAAUCAUUUACUAAGAAUCAUAGAAUUCAGUCACAGCCAAUUCAGCCUUUUCUUACCAAAUCAAGCUCUUGUUGGUUUAAAUCAGUGAAUUAAACUUAAUAUCUCUGCAAUUGAUACAUAAAUGACAUGCUCUUGAUCCAAUUUAGCAUUUAUAGUUUUGUCUCUCUUCCUCUGUCUCUUUCAAUGUAAUCUAUGUAGGUUCAUGUAUGAUAAAAACUUUCAGUUCGCUUUAUAUUUAGCCUUUGUAUUAAGCAAUAUUUACUGCAAAUUGUAAUCUAUUUACUUAAAAGAAACUAUCAUUUGUUCUUUGCAUUGCCUUGCAAAGAAAUAGAUAUUGAAUGUUGAAUGUAAACCAAUAUUUUCUUAUAUUGGGAAAUCUAUCCCUUUAAUUUUUGCUGGAAUAUAAGUCUUGAUUGUCUCUGUAAUAAUUAUCUCUAUUUAAAUCACAAAAUGAAAGAUAAUAUCUACUGCAGUUUUAUGAUAAAACUAUUUAACACACUGUCUUCUUUUUCUGAAAGAAUAAUUUUCCAUUAUUAACUAAUAAUGGCUAAAAUAAAUCUGAAAGUUUUUCAUUUAUGAGCAUAUCAAAUUUUUUAAAACAUAAAACAUUUAUGAGCAUAUAAAAACUUGGAACACUUUUAAUGAAUAAAGUAAUUCAACAUUUGCUUUACCAUACUAAAAUUAAGAUAAUGCAAACUCUAAAAUUUGUAUAGCUAUAUAGCAGUGUAAUAGUGUAUUACAUAAAAAUAGAAAAACAUUAAAAAUAUAACAUAGUAUCUAAUGUAUAUAAUGGAAAUAAAGUUUUAUAGUUUAAAAUGUCUCUUCUCAUUUGUUUGUAAAAUUGAUUUAACUAAUAGUUCUAAUAUUUUGUGCAACUGUCAUUUCAGCAAAACAUAUAAAUAUUUUAAAAGACAUAUUAAUAGUUUUAAAGAAAUUGUUUAAUAAUUAUUGCUCAUUCCCUAUCCUGAGAAAUGUAUCUGUAAAAUAAGCAUUCUACCUUUUGGGAGGGAAAAAAGAUGAGGGAUGAUGAGAGAAGAGGAGAGAAGAGGAGAGAGAAGAAACUCAUUGACAAGAAUUACUAUUUUAUCUGAUAUGGUUAUACUGCUCAGUUGUUUCACUGGAUAUGUGUAUACUACAUAAAGUUGUAUUAAUAUUCCUUAGGCAGCAAUUAUUGUAACUGUAUGGAAAUAGGAGGAAGGAGUAUUAAGUAUAUUCACUUGAAUUCUUUAUAAAUAUAAUAAAGGUGAGAUUGAAUAAUUA